UCCGGUGGGCACAGGAUGUCACGUAGCAGAGGUGUCGACAGGUCAGGGAGGGCCCAGAUCGGGAGGUCCCGGGGGAAACCGAGGGUCGGUGAGUCCCCGAUCGGGGGUGUCCCGAGGUUGGGGCUGUCCCGAGUUCGGGGAUGCCCGGCCGUCAGGGAGCGGUGGGUUGGUUGCCCUAGGGCCGAGGAGGUUGACCUUUUCCGGGAGCGGCGGUACCGGGGAUUUGGGUCAUGCCCGGGGUUCGGGUCAUGCCUAUGGUUUGGGUCGUGCCCGGGGUUCGGGGGUACCCGGGGGUCGUGGGAUGCGCGGGAGUCUCAGGAUGCCGCUGUGCCGGCGCCGCCCGUGACCUCUCGACCUCUCCAGGUGUGCGGGCUGUGCCCGGGGCCGCCGCGGAACGGCUCCAUCGUGUCCCGGUUCUGUGAGUCCCGGGGCGGCACUGAGAGCGACGGGCGCUGCUGCCGGGAGCGGGGCCCGUCCCCAGGGCGGCUUCUGGGGCUGGACCUGAGCAACUGCUCCCUGCACAGUGUGCCCCCGGGACUGGCCGAGGCCACCACUGCCAUCGUCCUGGACCUGAGUGAGAACCCGCUGACAGCUCUCCCCGACGGUUCCUUCCUGGGCUUCAUCCAGCUGCAGAGCCUCGCGGUGCCGCUGCCGCUGGAGUGUCCAGGCGGGAGGGACGCCUGGCAGGACGUGACAGCGGACAGGAGCAGCCGGCUGUGCCACGGGCAGAGGAACCCCUGCAACAGCUCUGUGGAGCUCGCCUGGCCGUGUCCUGAAAACUCUGUGUGUGCCCCUGAUGGGCCGGGGCUCAUCCAGUGCCUCUGUGACAGUCCCUUCCACGGCUACAAGUGCCUGCGUGAGGGCGCGUUCCCGAUGCUUCUCUUUGGAGGAAUCGUGGGCACCGCCACUGUGUCCCUGUCCCUGCUGCUGUGGGGCACCCAGCGGAGGAAGGCCAAGACCCCCUGAGCAGGGCAGGGGACGUGCCUGGGCGGGAAGCUCUGUGGCCAGGGAGGCUCUCCGGAUCAAUAAAGCUGCAAGUCCUCACUGU